AUGGCGGACGUCAGCAGCGUCCCGGAAGCAAAAAGCCUGAUCGUAGAGAGAUUUUUUGCUGAGAAGAUUUGUGCUGAGAAGCUGUCUGAUAGCUGUAGCAGGCGCCCGCCCUCGAAGAGAGUGGAGGCCACGCGGCUCCUAGAGCCGAUCGAAUGCACCGUCGUCGUCGUCGUCGGCGCCAGCGGCGGCCUCGCUCUCCUAGCCGCUACCGUAACCCUCGUCGUUGCUCAGGCAGCGCAGCGCUCUGUCGCCCGGCUUCUCCUACCCCAGUGUGCUCACUGCUCUGCUUCUGAUUACCGCCUGCGGCCAUUGAACGUUUCUCUGGCAGAAGCAUUGCCUCCUAGCCGUGCUCGCUGCCUCAUCCAUCCUUUCUUUGUCGCUCUCUCGCCAACUCACGAUGUCUACUUCGUCUCACAUCUCUGCCCGUAA